AUGUUUCUUCUGACAUUGAAGUAUGUCUCGAAAGUAAUUUGCCUUUCUCUACUUUUUCUCGCAAUACCUUGCCGAUGUCCCACCGAUUCAAAUAGUGAAGCCGAUAUUCGUAUAUUACAUGGAAUCACAGCCGAUGAGCUCCAAUUUCCCUAUCAAGUAUCGCUGCAAAAACACAGAAAGCACCUCUGUGGGGGAUCCAUUAUUUCUGAUGUGAAAGUGUUAACAGCUGGUCAUUGUGUGACCGAUGAAAAUGGAGCCAGGAUACCUACGGCCUUAUUUGCCAUAUUGGCCGGAACUACCAAACUGAAUGUUGAGAAACCGAUUUAUUUGUUUCUGUUAAAACAAAUUUCCAUUCACCCGAAAUUCGAUCACCGUACCGUCCAAUAUGAUUACGCUGUCGUUUUUAUCAAUGGACUUUUUGACUUCAGACUAUCCGAACGAGUAGCGGCGAUUGCAUUAGCUACACAAAAUCCAACGCCAGGCACGAUCUGUUACCUCAGUGGCUGGGGCGAUGUACAAGAGGAUAUGAAAAUAAGAAUACCGAAUGACCUGCAAUUUGCCAGAAUAACCAUAGAUCCACCAGAAGUAUGCGCAAAAGAGUUUGGUAUUCAUUUCUCGCCCGAGCAGAUGUUGUGUGCUGGACGAACUAAUAACGAAAAUGCUGGUUGUGGCGACUCGGGAGGCCCACUUUAUUGCAAAAAUGAGCUUUGUGGUAUUGUGUCUUUUGGAAACGAAUUUUACGACUCGAAGUCUCCCGAUGUUUACAGCAGUGUUGCUUACGUGUUCGACUGGAUUAAUACCACUGAUGGCACAACAAAUUGUUCAAGCAAAGACAUAGUCAAGAGUCUUCAUGUUGUGAUUAUAUCUUUUUUCCUAUUGUUGGUAUCGAACAUCAUUUUAUUAAAACAAACUUGAGCAGAUGAAUUUAUGGAUGGCAAUUGAUAUUUUUGUACAGUACGGUCGGAUCCAACAAUUUAAAUUGACAGUGUAAGCUAGAUAAGUAUUUGUUGUUCUUACUAUAAAGGGUAAUCAAAUUUCAGCCUUAAUUAGCUUCAGCUGAUUCACUC